AUGGGUCUACACAACGUGCUCGUGGCCGAUGAGAACCAUGCCAAGAUGAAUGCCGUCAUUGACCGGGAGUUAUGUGCAUCUGCGCCGUUCCUCGCCGCUUACGAUUGCAUCGAUGCGCUCUUCAGAAUGGGCGCACCGAAUGGACAUGGGCCGGGAUACCCACGAGCGGACGAGCUUCGUACUGCCUUUUGGUCUGCGAUUCCAAAGUGGCAGACUCACCAACAAAGUGAUGCUGCAAAGAACUUCAUAGAAUGGUUUCACUUCGCUCGAAAGAUGAAGCCCGAGUAUUGCUCUCGGCAGCUACCAAAGUCUGAGAAGAUGGAAUUCUGGGGAGAAAACAUCAGGGUUGUCGAAGCUAUGCUGGCGAAUUACGGUGCGGAGUGA